GCGACCGCGCGUAUUCGUUUGAAAAGUGAACACGAUGUAUCGUACGGCGAUCGUAAAACUCUGUCCGAAGUGAUGAAUUGCGACGUAAGGUCUCCUCUCCUCUCUCCGGUAAAACGUGAUCAACGUAAGGAAGAAGAAGACUACUGGUAGGUUUGUUUUUGCGUCGUUUCGGGGGGUCUAGGCUACAGCAUGAUCAGGCGCGCACAACAUGAACAUGGAGUGUGUGUUUGGGGGACAGGCCGUUCCAAGAACAGGACAGGGGACAGGACAAGAGUAUCAACCCACCCGACUAUUCUCCGCCUCUGGGUGUAGCCUAAUGUGAGUCUUCAUGGGAGGAGUGUGUGUGUGUGUGUGUGUGUGUGUGUGUGUGUGUGUGUGUGUGUGUGUGUGUGUGUGUGUGUGUGUGUGUGUGUGUGUGUGUGUGUGUGUGUGUGUGUGUGUGUGUGUGUGUGUGUGUGUGUGUGUGUGUGUGUUCCACCCCACACACCACAGGGUUCAUCACUCCUCGCGGCGGAGCAUCAGUUGAAGAACAGCGCGCGGCGCGGAGCAGAAAGAGACCCGGACACGGGAGAGAGAGAAGAAGAAGAAGAAAAAGGGGGAAGAUACACGAGAAGAGAGACCCGGGCACGAGAGAGAGAGAAGAAGAAGAAAAAGGGGGAGAUACACGAGGAAGAAUCGGGGUCGGAGCACGAGGGAAACCCGAGUAGAUUAAGAGAGCGCGCGGAGGAAUAGAAGGUCAGAACCGAGCCUCCACGUGAAGGAGCUGAAACUUCACAGACGUCCUUGGGCAGGUCUUCGGCGAUCCGUCCCUCUCCGCCGCCCCGAUGCCCGAGCCGGGAGAUCCACGGAAGACCCCACAGGGUGUCCCCUACGCCGACCUAAAGCACAUCGUAAACGCCGACGGACUGCACUUGUUCUGCCGCUACUGGGAGCCCGAGGCACAGCCAAGGGCCCUGGUGUACGUAGCACACGGUGCGGGAGAACACAGUGGGCCCUACGAUGAGAUCGCCCUCAGACUGAAGGAGCUCUCGCUCCUGGUGUUUGCCCAUGACCACGUGGGCCACGGUCAGAGCGAGGGAGAUAGGAUGAUCAUCAAGGACUUCCAGGUGUAUGUCCGGGACUCUCUGCAGCACAUCGACCUGAUGAAGGCCCAGCACCCCUCUCUGCCUGUCUUCAUCCUGGGCCACUCCAUGGGCGGGGCCAUCUCCAUCCUGACAGCGAGUGAGAGAGCCAAUGACUUUGCGGGCGUGGUACUGAUCUCUCCCCUGGUCCAGAUGAACCCGGAUUCAGCGACGCCCUUCAAAGUGUUUGUGGCCAAGGUGAUGAACCAGUUGGCCCCCAGCCUCCCUCUGGGCUCCAUCCAGUCCAAUUGGAUCUCACGGGACCACAAAAAGGUGGAGGCGUACGACCAGGACACGCUCAACUACCACGGCGGGCUGCGCGUGUCGUUCGCCAUGCAGCUGAUGGGGGCGGUGGAGCGCAUCCAGCGGGUGAUCCCGGCCAUCGCCUGGCCCUUCCUGCUGCUCCAGGGGGACACCGACAAGCUGUGCGACAUCAGCGGCGCCCGGCUGAUGUUCGAGCAGGCGGCGAGCGCCGACAAGAAGCUCAAGGUAUAUGAGGGAGCCUACCACGCUCUUCAUCACGAGCUACCAGAGGUUUCCGAGUCGGUCCUCAAGGAAUUAACGUCAUGGUUAACAGAGCGACUGUCACCUCCCCAAUAAGAAUCCUAGGCUCCACCCACUGUAUCCAGCCUCAGCCCGACAAAGCCCCCUAGGCUCCACCCACUGUACCCAGCCUCAGCCCUACAAAGCCCCCUAGGCUCCACCCACUGUACCCAGCCUCAGCCCUACAAAGCCCCCUUGGCUCCACCCACUGUACCCAGCCUCAGCCCUACAAAGCCCCCUAGGCUCCACCCACUGUACGCAGCCUCAGCCCUACAAAGCCCCCUAGGCUCCACCCACUAUCAAGCCUAAACCCUACGGUAAAUAAGAAUUUACUUUGCCCACUAUUGCUCAACAGCCAGCCUACCACUGAUGGACACUUCAACCACUGACUCAAGCCCAUCGCAAGACCUCAACCACGUCACUAGGGGUCAACCCCAAACAGCAGAGGCGGCCUAAAACUCAGGCUGACUCCGCCCACUGUCCUGACCGCAACCCUAGAGCACAGACUGGCAGACUCCUCCAGCACUGAUGGCUCAAUGCACUUCAGUUUUUUCCCCAGGCUUUCCGGGCCAAGGUCCUGCCCCUCGCAGUCACCCGCCCCCGGCCCCAAGCCCAGCGUGCCCUGCGUGUUGUUCCGCCGUCCCACACUGUUUUUACUAGUCUAUCGGGAAAACCACCAAGAAAACAUCUGUGUUGGGGCCCCACUCGCAUAGCUGAGGAUAAUCUAGAAAAGCUGGGUCUCUGCUGAGAGAUAAAAUAACAGUUUACAACAUGGCAUUGAUCUAUGUCUACGGUUAACAUUAUUUUUUAUUAUGUGUUGUUGUCCCCAGAAGGCUUUUAUUUUGAUGGACUAGCAUAUUAUGAAGUGACUGACACCCCAACACCUGGCAUCCAUAGCACUACUCUGGUCACGAAGGUCGAGGGGGAAUUAAAUUAAUUAAAAAACAUUGCAGCAUCUAACAACUUCCCUCCCGCUCUCUCCUAUAAAUAUUGAUCUUUCCGUCAAUAUUCACUCACCACAGCAUGGAGGGUCAGGGAGUCAAAUGCCUCUCACACGCACCCCCGUGACCCUUGACCUUGGCAGGGUCACGGCCGAGAGCAAUAAUAGAGGAUGACCCCAGAUGUCAUUUGCUCUUUAUUAAGGCAGUGAAGACGGCAUCUGUGGCCCAGCCUGAAGACAAGUGAAGUCGUCUUCAGUGUCUUACUGAUGAUCAUCUUAGUUUACACAUCUUCACCUCAGAUCACCUCGUUCAUUUAGUGUUUAUUUUCUUCUGUCUUUUACCCUGCCGUUUCUAGCAUGCAAUUUCUUUGGCGUGUCUCUGACCUUGGUUGGGUAGUUGGGUAUCCCAUCCCUUUGCCCCAGUGUUGUUUAUUUACAACCCUGUCUUUUUUCGCAGCUGGUCUUGCCUCUUGCAAGCUGUAGUCUCAGACUGAUCCAGCUACGUCCUGCAUUCCACGAGUUGUCUGACCUGAUUCGACCUCGGAUCAUGAGGUGUGGGGGGGGGGGGGGGGGGAACGCUCACAUUGCGCAACAUUUUCCCCGUAGGGAUCAGAGAUCAUGGUAUGGAUUCUAUUGAUAUUUGGGUUAUGGUUUGUUUUCCAAAGUACCUUAAUUAAGACUCCCUUUGGCCACGAGUACAUUUGAGAUGUUUUAAGUUCAGUCGAAAUAGAUCACUAACAACUGUUUGGACUGUUCUACUUUUCUUUACCUCCGUACUACAAACGAAUUGCAGCAGGAAUUCUGGGCGUCACUCCUUACGGUAUCCAUGGUGAACCUUCUCAUGCGUUGCCACGGAAACAUCCUUCUUUUUCUUUCCGCUUUUUUUUUUUAUUCCCAUAUGUUAAGUUACCCAAGGUAGCAGGUUUAUUGAACAAUACAUCCUCUUUCUUUAAGCACUAUAUUUUUUUUAUCAGUGCUUUUCGACUCUUUUUCAAAUCCCUCUAUUGUGUCUUCUUCUGUUGUAGCCCUGUAUUCAUAUUUCUCCUCUGACCGUGUCAGGAACCAGGGUGUCUUGUAGUUAGUUUUUUUAUUAUCUCAACCCUUUCAUACUGCACAGAAGUGGCAGGUCCCAAUUCCCCCCCCCCCAAGUUGCCGUGGAGACAAGCAGGCAUUGUUCUGCCUUCACAGAGGCUGUUGUUUCUAUUCCAUUGUCGUGGUGCCAUAAUGGCCCCACACCGCCCCCAGUGGUCAAUUAUCACCACUGCAGGAAGGUUCGAAAUUUGAAGAGAUGUCAUUUGUUCGAGACAACAUCCCACAGCUCAGACAAUUCCACUGGGACAUAUUCCAAGAGUCCACUGGGAAACACUUGACAAUCCACAUUGUUUUACUCGACUGUUAUGGCUGCGUGGGUGUGCGUUGUUAUAUGUGCACCACCUGUGAUGUCACACGUACAAAUCGAGCCGCCGCGAUUAGCAUCGGACGGCAAGAGAGAGAGAGAGAGAGAGAGAGAGAGAGAGGGGGAGUGAGCGAGAGGCUGACUUUCCGUAACCAUGGCAGCACCUUUUUGAAAGGCAAACUUGAGGAGAAUGUGUUCAUUAACGACCCAGAUCAGGUCUGGCCAGCAGCCAACGAUGUCGUUCCCUUGUUCUAAAGGCUCAAAGGGAAAAGGGGAAACCACACACGGAUAAACAAGCAAACAACCAUGUGUACUAGCAUCCAUAUCGCACUCGCUCUCUCUCGCUCCGUUUCACCAGGAAACAAUUUCAGAAUUGAUUGGUGAUUGCAGGUGUAUUUAGAUCUAUCUUUAUUUCCUGAGAGUUUAUGGCCCAUACCCUUUUACGGCUGCUCUUUGAGGUCUUAAUGGCCUGAUAUAUCUUUGUUUUAUUAUUCAAGAUCAUACACCAGUACAACAUAGUCAGACAUACAUUAAUAUAUACAUUAUACAUCUCGUUUAUAAAUGGGUAUGUCAGAGGAGUUUUUUUUUUUUUUUCUGUAAAUAACAUAGGAGGACAUGGGUAGGAGAAGACGCCGAUUUUUUUUAAAGGGAAAGCCACAACACAAAGAAACAUUACAUCUAAUUGGUCCAAGGGUUAAAAUCUUUCUAUCAAAGUGCCACGUAAUUGGACAGCAGGUUUGAAGACAGCAAUAUUCUUUAAUGUUAAAAAAAAGGAAGAUUGAACUUUACACAAUGACUGUUUCCUCUGUGAGCUGUUGCAUGUGAAAUAGUGGUUUGAAAACCUUAGCCAUGUAGCUCUUUCGUGUUUGACUUUAGUUUUCCCUAUAACGUAUAAGGAAAUUACACUUAACCUGAGCGAGACAGGUUGCGGUGGUUGGUCCUCAGGCAAAAUACAUAUUAAAGACCAAUAGAACUGUUCAGCCUGCACUUUGUAGCUUUCCUACUGCAGCUAUUGACUAGAACUCUCACUACAACGCAAACCACUAGAUGGUGCUAAAUGGGUAAACGUACAUAGUGCAGGUUUAACUUUGAAAAGAUAGGACCACAUUAGUGAAAAUAAUGGUUGAUGUGUCUAUCUCUGAAGCACAGGGCUUUCUAUCAGUUUAGCUCUGGGAUAACUCAUCAAUUAAUAAAGCUAUAAUGUAUAUAGAUCAUUACUUUUAAUUUUAUUUUAUUUUUUUAAAACAAAGCAACAAAGAAAACAUGUAUUUGAUUUGAAAUUCUUCAGUAUGUAGUAUUUUAGAGAUUGAGGUUCUUAAUUUUUACUGUAUCCACUACUGUCAAGAAUAACACUGUAGGACAGCAAAUAAGUCAUAUUGUUCAUACAUCUUGAAAUUGAUAUUAAUGUGGGUAUAUAUUGCUGUUAUUUUCUGAACAACAUACAUAACCCUAUUUAUACAGACGUGACUUUUGUGCAUUUUACUUCAAUGAAAUACGGCAUGAAAAGGCACUUUUUAUAUUCUAAUGCAGUUAACUAAUUCGGUAUUGUUUUACAUUGGGUGCACUUUUAAUGAACUAUUGUAAGUUCAAAUAGGUAGAAAUGUAAAAUGGUUAUGUGUUUAAAACAAUUUAGAGGCGUUUUAAGAGUCUCUGUUAUGAUUCCUCACAGACUAUGUGUUUCUGCUCAUCUGUCAAUGUGUCGUGUUCAUUCAGAUGUGGUCUCGUCUCGUCUGUUUCUGAAAAAUGUUGGUCUUAAGUCUCAAUUUGCAUAGCUGUAAAAAAGAAUGAGUUUGUGUUUAUGCGUUUCUUCUAAACAAAUUAUGGAUCUCAAAGAAGUUGGAACAACUGACCUACUUGUGAGGUGAUUUUGUUUCUAUUCUUCGUUCUGCAGUUCUCCUUUGAACCCAUUGUCUGGAGGUCCCACAACCACAGUGAAAUGAAUACUUAGUAAUGUAAUGCCACUGGAAAUAUGUUUUAGUGUUUUGUUGAAGGAAUGUUGAUCCUUUUUCCUAGAAAUAUGUCAAACAUGUUGCAUAUUUCCUUGUGCCUUAUAUUCCGUUCCAAGGACUGUGCGUGUUAGUUUUGGCAAAACAAUGGUCAUAAUGUAAAUGGUUAACACUUGUGUAUAAGAUGUUGUUUCUGCCUCUCCGUCUCUGUGGUUUUCAUGAGGUUUUCAUGUCUGUUGCCCGACUUUUAGUUUGGCUGUUGUUUCAACAGUCUUGGAAUGAAAGCCGUCUGCUAUUUUCCUAGCCAAGACUUCUGCCAUACAAUUCGCUCUUGAGAAUGAUUUUUUUCUGGAGUCUAUUGAGAUAUAUUCUUGAAGGAUGGAAUCUGAAGGAUUGAUUUGUACAGAGUUCCAAAAGGCAUGUUUAUUAAAUCCUGUAGGUCGGUUGAAGGUGUUAAUACAAUGUGAUCUGUGGCAUCAUAUGCAUCCAUCCAAACCACUUUUGAUUGAUUCUCUUGACUUCCGUGCAAUGUUUUCUCUCUCUUUCUGAAUGUAUGCGUUGGUUUGGACCUCACUUUUUUCUUUAAGAAAAGACCUAUAUGUUUUAUUUCCAGUAUUGUUAGAAAUGUGACAUUUUGUAAGAACAUCUAUUUUGUGAAGACAAUAGGAUAUUGGGUCCAUUGAGGAUUAAGCAGAACACUGAUAUUUAUUUGAGAAAAUUAUGUUUAAUUCAGCCAAAGAAUUUGAAAUAGCACUUCAAAACAAAUGUUGACUUAAAAGGAGAGCAAGUGAAUAAAAAGCAACUGUGAAUGUCUAUAUAUAUCCAUAUGUCUAGAUAUCCUGUCAAUAUGUUUCAUUUGUGGGUCCUGCAUUUAUAUGUAACAUCCUGUCCUUUCUGUAAAUGUAACCUCUUUUUGUAACUAACUAAAUACUGUUACAUAAUAAUUGUAUAUAUUAUAACUCAAAUUAAAUGACUUCUGAAUAAGUGGAAUUGAAGGUCUUGCUCUGAAAUGUUCGGUAUUGCUCUAGAAAUAAACUAUAUCACUGUUUAA